GGCACAUCCUCUGAACCACUUGAGAAUGCGCGCGCUAGUAGGACCACUUUAAACUAGGAAGCGAGGUGAACGAACAGCUAGCGUCUCUAAGCAGUGGUGUGGCCAUGUCUCAGAACAGCUUGGAGGACUUCGGCGAGGUGCUGGUGGGGCUCGUGAGGAGCAGCAGGGCGGAGAAGGAGCUGCGGCUGGCGGGGGAGCGCCUGAAGACGUUCUACGACCGACACUUGGAAACCAAGAACACCGCCGCACAGAUUCUGAAGAACAUCAUGCAGAGCGAGGACAAGGCGAGCCAGAAGCUGCUGGACCAGGAAGAGCAGAAGAGCCAAUUAGAUACGGAGCUGGAGCGGCUGGAGGCGGAGCUUCAGCGUGCCACGGCCAAGAGUCACAACAUGGACUCAGAGCUGCAGUUCCUGCAGAGGGAGCUAGAUAGCCUGCAGCACUCUGAACAGGAACUCCAGGUCCUGCAGCAGGAAGUGGAUGAAGACACCACGGAGGUCAUCCCCUCCACCAUAUACAUGGCCCAGCUGUACUACAAGGUGACCAGGAUCAAGUGGGAAUACGACACGGAGCCUCACAUACUCAGAGGAGUGCACUACGGGGCAGACCUGGCCUCGCCCAUCCACAUGGACACAUCGGUGCGUUCGGGCUGUGCUGUCAGCGACGACCUCUGGAACUUCGUCAACACUGAGUGGAAGAGAGGAGGAGUGGUAGAGUGGAGACUGGUAGAACUAUCCUGGCUGGAGGAGAGAUGGAAGUAACUAUCUUAUCUGUAUUUAUGUUCAUGUUUAAACUUGAAUAAACUGCUUUUCUAACUAA